AAAACAACGACGCAGGCAGGCACGAUGGACCCGAUGGCAAUGCUGGAGAUGGGACGGCGUUCGGGCACGUCGAACCAAGACGUGGACGAGUUCAUUCGCAAGACGGACGCGAUUGCCAAGGCAAUGGAGCAAAUCAAGAACGGAACAUUCGACCCCGACAAUUGCGACAUUCCUGGGUACCUGACCCCCGAACAAGAAGAACGGGAAGCAUUGGCGGCCAAGAAGCGAGAAGACGAGCGCGUGCAACGAGAGCAAGCGCGCAAACAGAAAGAAAAGCAAGAAGAACACGACCAUUGGUGGCAUCGAGCCAAGCUUCGCUUUGCUACUUAUGACGACGACGACGACACAAACUCGACCGAUCCUGACAAGUGGGCGAACCGCAUCGUCGAAGCGUACAAGGCCCGAGAUGCCAACGACUACUCGAUGUGGGACAAGUGGGAACCCCAAGACCCCGUAACACUCGACGAAAAGGCGCGGCAAGACGCCCUCGUCGAGAAAAUGAAAAACGACCAGUUCGAACAAGCCAACCCCGACUUUUGCACGCAAUUCAAGCACGAUCUGGAGAAGCGGCAGCAGUCCACGCGGGACAAGGACCGUCUGGCUCAAAAGCACAAGAUGCAAGGCAACACGUACUUUAAGCGGCGCCAAUACGCCCCGGCGCUGGCGUCGUAUAUGGCGGCACUGGUCGAAGCCCCGUACUGCCCGCUCAUCCUCACGAAUAUCGCCCAAGUCCACCUCCGGCUGAACGCGACGGACGACGCGCUCGAGUUUUGCAACCGCGCGCUGUUCGUGGCCCCGACCCACAUCAAGGCGCUGUCCCGCAAAGCGUCCAUCUUGCACGGCCGCGGGCUCUGGAAGGAUGCCCUCAAUGUCGUCCAGCUGGCCAUGGACGUGGACAAGCGGGCUAACCCCGACUUGGUCCAGCAGUUCGUCCAGAUCAAGGCCGCGUACGACGACGACGUCGGCCGCGAGGUGCUGCAGCGACGAAUGGACGGCCCCAACUCGGUGGACAACUGGCACCUCCACGCCAUGCAACACCUUCUCGACCAGUUUGAUCUUGGACACCACAACCCCCAUGAAUCCACUGAGCGUCCCUUUCAACGACACGCAAGUGGCGACAAGAUGGACGGGGAUACAACAGGUCGGCCUCCGAACGUUGCCACCGUGGACGCGUUGCGGGCGCUGCUGCCCCUGCUGCAAGCAGACAAGGACUGCAAACUGCUGUUCCGGACGUCGGGGGCUCUCACGCGCGUGGUCGCCCGCCUCGUCGCGCCGGAAGACGCCGAGGACGACGAGGUGCGCGCCAUCUUGCAAUGCCUCGUCGCCAUGGUCACCGACGACGCCGCCACCCAACACCACCUGUACCUCCUCGCCCCAUUCCGCCAGUGGGUCGUGCAUUCCGUCGCCGACACUUCCAUGAACACUACGCGCAACAUGUCGCUCCUCGUUCAACUCGUGGAUGAGUGCAUGGCGGUGAAUCUGUGGAAGUCCGUCGUUGCGACGUCCGUCCCGAUGCUAGCGGGGCUCUUACGGCAGUGGCAGGCACAGGAAUCGGCCGAGUCUGCGACCAGUAUCGUCUUGUACGCGUCGGAAAUGGAGGCCGGACGGCACGCGCUGACCACGGCGCUGAUCCAGCCGGUGCUUGUCCAAGUCCUAGCCUUGCUGCGUCGGUACCCGUCGUCGUCGUCGACAGUUCAAUUAGUGUCCGGAUUGGGGGUUCUGUUGAACUUGACCAACCACGUCACAUUUCGCCACAUCGUGGCCACCGAGCGGGACGUGGCCCACGAGGUACAUAUGUACUGUACUGGAUCUGCGACACUGGUCAUGGAUGAUACACACAACGAAUACCAUGAUUCCCAUCUUGCAGCUUAUUCGGACGACGAUGGCUAGAUGACCAAGGCACUGGUGCAGCUGCUGACGCUACGGGACGAAGUGGUCGUGGCCGAGCGGAGCCUGGCGAUUCUGUUGAACUUGUCCCUGGACCCGGCGGCGGCGUGCAUUCGACAGGACAUGCUGGCCGCCAACGUCCACGAGCAUGUGCUGCCGUGGCUGCAACGAGGACGGGGGCUGUUACGCGGUAAGACUAGGCUGGAGGAGGAUGGGCGGUUGAGGGUAGAUAGGCCUGUCGUUCAUCUGGGGGACGUAGGCAAUGAUGUGGUGCUCGUGACCCGCCUUGUGAGUGUGCUCUGUCGUCUGCAUUCGCUGGACGGUGUAGCGCGCGACGUCGCUAGCACGCCGCCCUUCCUUCGCGCUCUGUGGGAUGUGUUUGAAUCUACGGCGGAUCGCCCACAUGAUUGCUGGCACCUGAACGCUCAGUUGUUCUGCCACUUGGCAUGGAGCUUCCCGACUGCGGCGCAGUUCAUGGACGAACAUGCGUGCGUGCGUCGCAUGAUGCGGUUCAUGCAAGACAAGCGGACGCAUGUGCCGAAAGCUCAAACAGCAGCGUUUGAACGCAUGGUGACGAAUUGCACCAAGUGCUGCAUCGCGAUGCUGGCCGUUGGCGGAGGUGACGUUACGGUCGCCGCCAUCGUCGAAUCGAAUGGGUUGGAGAUCCUCGUCGACUUGAUGAGCCACAUGAAAGAUGAAAAGGUAGCUCGCAAGAACGUUGCAAUCCUCCUCGCCAAGUUGUGCCAACGAAGCGACGACAUCAAGGGCCGCGUCCGCGCACUGCGAGGGAUUGAAAUGAUGCUCUCCAUCUGCCGCGACCUCAAGGGGUAGUUGAUACUCUAGUGAAAAAUCUCCAUGUACAUUCUAAUGCAUCGAUCCUACAUCCAUCCUACAUGCACUUCAUCAGCCCCCCGGCCGC